GAGGCUGAUGUGUUCAACUUUGAGGAUAAUAUAUAUAUCUAUAUAUCUAUAUAUAUAUAUCUAUAUAUAUCUAUAUAUAUCUAUAUAUAUAUCUAUCUAUAUCUAUAUCUCCGAGUUCUCUCCCCCACAUUAAAGAAAGUGUUUUCUGUAAAUUCUACUGAGGAAUUGAACCAUACAUCAGAGUUUAUGUAUAAUUUUAUAUAGAAAAAAGCAUUUUUUUUGUAAUAUAACAGAGUCCUAUAUAAAACUUAUUUUUGCCUAAAAACAUAAAAUGUUUUUGAGACAUUUUACAAUUUCUCUUUUUUUAUAUUUUGUACUGCUGUUGUUGGUGCCGUUGCCAGAAUGUCGUGGUCAGAAGUCUUCGACUCGUCCCAGGUGGCUGAUCGGGGACCGGGAGUCGCAGUGCCAUGUUCAGUGCUUGUGGACACAGGGGGGCAAGCCGGUGUGUGGCUCCGAUGGCCGGAACUACGAUACAGGCUGUGAAUUCCAGAGGGCACGCUGCAGGGACCCCUCACUGAGCAUCCUGAAGCACGGACGCUGCAAAGGAAAAAACUGGGCACGUGCCGAACAGCCGCCCGCAACAGCAGCCCCAACAGCAGCCCUGGAGAUGAAGGGCUUUGAGCAGAGAGACUCAGGGGUGACGAAAUGCCAGGGUGAGAGGUCCCAAGCUCAGGAUCUAGCCAAGAAGCCGCAGGAGUCUGUCUUCAUCCCUGAGUGCAAUGAGGAUGGCUCCUUCACACAGGUUCAGUGCCACACGCUGACGGGGUACUGCUGGUGCGUCACCCCAGACGGGAAACCCGUGAGUGGCUCCUCCGUUCAGAACAAGACCCCGGUGUGUUCAGGUUCAGUAACUGAUAAGCCAUUGGGGCAGCCUAGCUCGGAGAGAAAAGAUGACGGAUCCAAGCCCACUCCCACGAUGGAGACCCAGCCUGUGUUCGAUGGCGAUGAGAUCACGGCUACGACCAUGUGGUUGCUGGACUUCAUCAACAAGGAAGCCAGUCAGAACAGCUCGAGCCUGAGGAACCCAGAGAAAGUUCCUUCUUGUGACCUGGAGAGGCAGACGGCCCCGGAGGAGGCGCGGCAGAGAGACCCAAGAGACGCCAUCUUCAUCCCCGAGUGCGGCCUGGCGGGGCUCUACAAGCCUGUUCAAUGCCACCAGUCCACCGGCUAUUGCUGGUGUGUGCUGGUGGAUAGCGGCCGGCCCAUUCCUGGCACCGCCACGAGGUACCAGACCCCCGAGUGUGACAGCGCAGCGCGGUCUCGCAGCUCAGAGGCAGAGGAUCCCUUCAGGGACAGAGAGCUGCCAGGAUGCCCAGGCACGAAGAAAGUGGAGUUCAUCACCAGCUUGCUGGACGCCCUCUCUACCGACAUGGUGCAGGCUAUAAACUCACGAACUCCAUCUGGUGUUGGGAGGUUCUCGGAGCCAGACCCCAGCCACACUCUGGAGGAGCGGGUGGUUCACUGGUACUUCGGGCAGCUCGACAACAAUGGCAGCAGCGACAUCAACAAGAAGGAGCUGAAGCCCUUCAAGCGCUACGUCAAGAAGAAAGCCAAGCCCAAGAAAUGUGCCCGCAAGUUCACAGAGUACUGCGACCUCAACAAGGACAAGGCCAUCUCCCUGCUGGAGCUCCAGGGCUGUCUGGCUGUCAGCAAGGACGCAGGUAGUGCCGUCGGAAGCAUUCAUCCGGGGAAAAGACAAGGAGCCAAUUCCUUCAUAGGACGCCUGGUCUGAAGAGGGACAGUCUCAUGAGCUGAGAGAGAGAGAGCAGAGGAAGACAACAGUAGCAGGCUUCCAUUUGCAAGCACUCAAAAAAAGAAAAAAAGCAAUAAUGAUUAAAGCAAAAAAAGUGGCACCAAAAUAUUUGCACUUUCUAAAAAACAAAACUAUUAAACGUUACCUGUUUUUUUUUUUUAAGCAUAACGAUAAACAUUGACAGAAACAGCUACUUGUUUUGAAAGCAGUCUUUCAUGACUUAUGUGUGAUGUACUGUCCCUUCUGCCCCUUUGUGCUGUACAGUAUGGGCCUUGAUCCACUUUUUGUCCCAUUUUGGCCCAUGCAUUUGUUUUCUCACUCAUUCAUAUGACCCUGGCAGUGCUACCAACCUGUCAGCAAAAAGUUUCUUCCUCCAGGCCAGUGCGCUGUCCACAUGUUGCCAGCAGUUUUCCUUCCCAGUCACCGACAAGUAGGUCAUUGUAAUAAUAUGACUUUCAAACAUAUGUACACUGACUGGCCAACAAAACAUGCAUAAUGUAAGUAAAUGAGAAAAAACCCAUAGUCCACAAUGUAUGUAAGCAGUGAUGUCACAUGUAAUUGAAUUGACUACACCUGCAGCCACAAUUAUGAGAAAACAGAAGGAUCUCAGUGACUUCACAAGGGGUUGGUAGUGAGUAUGCGCCUGGCCAGCCUGUGAAUCAAGACAGCCCCUCGGGUGUUCCUGGAAUUGCAAUGCUUGCAGAAAACCACCAGCAGAAAGCAUUACUCCUACCACAAGCGGGUCGUGACGGAUCGAGACCACAGACAUGUGCAAUGUAUUGUGACCAACAACUGACAGUGUGCUGCACAGGCACCUUCAACACGGUGCAAGACAUGGCACUGGGAGCAGUGCAUUGUGGGCUAUUAAGUGAGUUCUCUAUUAGUUUGGCCAGUCAGUGUAAAUACAGCUCCAUGCACUCAACCUGGCGGCCCCUCUUUCCAGAUCACAGAAAAUAGAGGUUUAACUUAAAUCUUAGAGGUUUAUUACCAAAUUCAUUAAAAAGGAAGGACUGAGUUUUUUUACCCUUUUCCCGGAUCAUGGAGCACACAAGUUAAUUUCCCCACAUUUCAGUGCAAGCUGCCAACAGGAAAACCAGGCAGGACUGCAUUUCAGUGCAAAUCUAUUUCAGUGCAAAUCUAUUUCAGUGCAGGCUGCCAGGGGGAGAUCUAUUUCAGUGCAAGCUGCCAGGGGGAGAUCUAUUUCAGUGCAGGCUGCCAGGGGGAGAUCUAUUUCAGUGCAGGCUGCCAGGGGGAGAUCUAUUUCAGUGCAGGCUGCCAGGGGGAGAUCUAUUUCAGUGCAGGCUGCCAGGGGGAGAUCUAUUUCAGUGCAAGCUGCCAGGGGGAGAUCUAUUUCAGUGCAGGCUGCUAGGGGGAGAUUGAUUUCAGUGCAAGCUGCCAGGGGGAGAUGUAUUUCAGUGCAGGCUGCCAGGGGGAGAUCUAUUUCAGUGCAAGCUGCCAGGGGGAGAUCUAUUUCAGUGCAGGCUGCCAGGGGGAGAUCUAUUUCAGUGCAGGCUGCCAGGGGGAGAUCUAUUUCAGUGCAAGCUGCCAGGGGGAGAUCUAUUUCAGUGCAGGCUGCCAAAACGAGAUGGUUAAACUGUGGCAGCCUCUGUCGGUAGUCUCAAAAUGGAAGGAUUUGUAAUACAAUGGCAAGUAACUUGUAAAAUAAAGCCAUUACAGCUCUCAAGGUGAAUGCUUACUGUGUAAAUAUGUAUGAUAUGUGUCUCGGAGGCCUUUGGUUACACUUGUAAGGUGUGGGUUUUGCUGUUCCUUUAAGAGCGUUUGCAGUGGGGAGUUCUCUGUAAGUGUGCUGUCCUUGCUGAUACCCUGGGAUCCAGCUGCAGGACUGUGUUGGGGCUCCUACCACAAC